UUGAUUUCCAUUGUUGUAGAGGUAGAUUUUUGUCUAGGAGUUACAUGUCAAAACGAAGGCACAUGCGUAGACGGUGUGCUUGAUUACAUAUGUACCUGUCCGAGCUCGCAUACUGGAGACCAUUGCGAAAUAGAUAUAGAUUUUUGUGAAGGUGUGAUAUGUCACAAUAAAGGAGUAUGUGUCGAUGGAUUGUUUGUGUACACUUGCAAGUGUCCUUUUUCGCAUACAGGGGACCACUGUGAAACAGAUAUCGAUUUCUGUGAUGGUGUUAUAUGUGAAAACAACGGAUCAUGUGUUGAUGGUGUGUUAAACUACACUUGCACCUGUCCAGUUUCCCACACUGGCUUUCACUGCGAAUCAGAUAUUGAUUUCUGCAAAUUUGAGGAUCUACCAUGUCGUAAUGGAGGUACUUGUGUAGAUGGUCUCUUUGAUUACACAUGUACAUGUCCUUUAACACAUACUGGUGAUCAUUGUGAGACAGAAGCUGACAACACAGGCUAUGUACUGAGUGUUGUUUUCGUAUCAGUCGGCUUGGUUUUAUCUGGAAUAUUGACAGGAGUACUGAUAAAAAGUUCAGUUUCAUUUAUCAAAGGCCCAGGUAGCUCUAUUGAUACAUACAAUCCUCUUUAUAUGUGAUCACACGGAUUUAUCUGAAAUAUAAUAAUACAUUGUGACUGUACCUUAUAUCUAAUGUUUUAUUUAUUGUAUUCUAUUCAAAAUUAACGACUUGUAAUAAUAAGAAUUUCAUUCAUUUACACGGUAUUUGUUUUAGCAGUUUGUAAUACAU